CCGCUACCUACCCCAUAUUUACGCGACUAGUAAACAACAAACGCGCAAUUCGAUGUCCAUAGACACUGGACCUCUUCAAUAUCUGCACAAUUGACAGAGACAUUCUGCUCAACGACAGCACGAAUCCCCUCAAAACUCGAGUACCAGGCGACGAUGUUAUUGACGCGCUCAUAACGCAAUUACAACGAGGCGAUCUGCGCUCCAACUCCACGACUUCCACCUGGACAAUCCUAAUCACAACAACACAACAAUGGCGGCGCCAAAAUCGAAAGCGCAGCCGGUUGGCUCGUCGCAAUGGAUUCAGAGUGAGCGACAACAGGCGUCAGAUUUUAUCUCUCAAGAAGUCGAAGAAUUUGGGUAUAGCGCACGCAAUGAAUUGGAAUGGUUGAACGAGCAUAUGGCGGACGUUUUCAGCACGACAAGAGUGAACUUCGCGGACGUUUUCAAAACACCUGGCAAGCUAAGAGGGAAGACACCACGCACAGCUCGAAAGCGAGAUGCGUUGGCACCUCGACAGCCGCUUGCAGAUAUAUUCGCUCCUUCAGUUCCACAAACAAGCGACUCGCCGCAAAGGCCGACUAUUUUUGAAAAGGCGGCGCAGUUCGAAAUCGCCGAGGAUGUAGAGAAUGCUGCAGCGGUUGAGAGACCGAUCAGUGGUGGCCGAAGUCCUCGGCGCCCUGGUGUUCCUUGCACAGAUUCUGGUUAUCACGGCCUCACCGAGGAUGAGAUGGACGUUUUUGCUCCUCCAGCGAGUAUCGACGCGUCAACUCAAGACACCGCACCUGUAGAUGUGCUCACAACAAUCGAAGAGCCGGUGCAACAACCAAAGGAGGGCAAAGCCGACGACACCGCCGCGAGCGACGACUCGUUUGUCUCGGCGAAGGAGCAGGAUGCAAAAGACGCUAGCAGGGUGGUUUCGCUCGAUGCGAAGACGGAAAUGAACACUGUCGAAUCUCAAAUCGUCAGUGAGGAAGCAGUCGUUGCUGGUGACACCCAGCCAGACUCUCCGAUGGGCGAGACGCAAGCAUACCCAGACGUUCAAGAACUCGCAUCAAGGCCAGGCGACUCCAUCGAAGCUGAUGUGGAGAUGGACGAUGCCGAUGCACCACAUUCGGAAUUGUCAAGUCCAGAAAAGCCGCUGCACCGAAAGAGCAGUUUCACUUUCUCGGCUCUACCAGCUAGGGAACCACUUGGUGCGAAGAAAAGCAUGGGUCAUCUUGACAAUCACCGCAGCAGCACUCUCGGCAAGUCUUUCGGCACGAAAGGCAAUGAUGCUGAGGACGAAGAUGAAGACGAGGACAUUAUGGAUAAGCUGGCCCAACUGAAGGAGCCCAGUAAGACCUCGACCCAGCUAUUGCAUGAGCGCAUCAAUCUCCUCGGCAAGACGAAGGACUCCCGAAGCUCCAAGAUCGUACCUGCGAGUGCCCUAUCCGGAGGAAUUGUCUACCCUCAAAUUCAGGAAAUGGAAUUUGACAGUCAGGAUGGAACCACAGCUGUGAAUUCGCAGGUGACAAAUGAUUCUCAAACAAAACAGCCACUUAAAGACGACGACGACGACGAUGAUGACUGGAUCGCACCAGCUGUUCCAGCCAAGACUGCGAUGCAAAUGACCAGUGAAUCGCGAUUGCCGCAAGUACAACUUUCGCCCAAUCGACCAGUGAUGCAUCAGAAAUCCAUCUCGACGACCGACAUUCCGUCACCCAGACCUGAUAUGCCACACACUCUAGGCCAUCAAAAGUCCUUCUCCGUCACACAAUUCAACGAGUCAACCACACCAGCCGGAUCUCCUACAGCAAAGAGAACAUACGAAGGCCCAUUGAGCGCGUCCAAGAACAGAUUGUGGUCUGCACUCAAAUCCGCCAAGAACAUUUUCGCCUCAUCUGCAAGCGCAAGUGCUGCAGCGAAGCUUGAAGCACACAACAGUUCCAUGCUCACAAGGCAGAUCUCGGUAGACGAAUCUCGUGAUGCGGCCGUGUUCAACAUGCCUGGCGCCAUGUACUCAGAGAGACAACUACCACAAAGCCCCAGUCGACCGACCUCCGCCAUCUCACAUAGCCCUAGCCGUAAGACUCGCAGCUCGACAGAAAGCGACAGGAAACGAGAAAAGGACGCGAAGAGUCAACAGAAGGCUGUCGAUGACCUUGAAAAGGCACGCGAAAAGGAACGCCAGAAGGCCACCAAGCAGCAACAAGAAGAAAAGGCAAAGGCGGAAAAGGCUGAGGCCAAACGUUUGGAGGAUGAAAGACGCGAGGCAGCGGCGCAGGCGGAGCGACCAGUCUCCACCGAUGGCGAGAGGGACGAUAUGUCCUCGGCCCCAUCUACCAAGUCUGGUGGAAUGAGCUUGGGAAAGCUUCGCGCCCCUGGAAGAUUAUUGAAACCAUCCAAAGAGACUCUCGUCUCAAAACCAGUUCCAGUUUCGAUUCGCGUUACCGCACAAUCACAACGACUUGGCCAAGGAGCAAGCUCGCAGUCAUCGCUUGCGAAAUCGCAGCACGAGAGCUCGGCUCCCACUCCGCUUGCCGCGAAGGAUGGAAGCUUACGAGCUGCGUCGGUUCAAAGCAACAGGCCUGGCAGCGCAGCACCUUCAGGAGCGCGAGUCCGAGCACUCGAAGCAGCUGCACGCAAGAAGGAGGCGGACGCGAAAGCUGCACAAAAGAAAGCUGACCAGAAGCGUGAGCUCGAGCGCAAGCGGGCAGCGAAAGCGGAAGAGGAGAAGCGAGCCGAGGAUGAACGAAAGGCGGCUGAGCAGCAAAGGGCUCAAGAAGCCAAACUCGCAGCGCAGCGCAAAGCGGCUGAGAAGCAAGCACUUGAAGCUCGUAAGCGGGAACAAGAGCGUGCUGAACAGCAGAGGCGGGAGCAGGAGCGGGAGCAGGAGCGAAUUGAGCAAGAACGGCGCGAACGGGAGCGUGCAGAGCAGCAGCGACGCGAGCUCGAAACCUUCCGCCAACAGGAAGAGGCGCGCAAAGCAAAAGAAGCUCAUGAUCUGGCUGAGGCCAUCCGGCGUGAGAGGGCGCAGCAGAUGCCGGCACAUCCGAGAGGCGAUGUAGGUGGAACCUUGCGGCAAUUGGUCAAGUCCACGAUCCCGGUGCAGAAUGGAGCCAAGCCUAUCAAACGCGUGUUCAACCCAGACGAUGAAGCAUUUUCUCAGAACCAGCAGCGGCCACCAAUUCAGCGAGGCCCGCCUUCGUAUCAGCAGACCGAUGCAAAGCGCAGGCGGACCAGUGAGGAACCUCAGAAGGAGCCCGAGAGACAUUCGGUUAUGGCUCCGCCCAAGCGGCCGUCGAAUUGGCGAAAGGACACUCUUUCCAAAUUCCCGCACGGCUACUCACACGCGCCGCCACCCGCACAGCACCACAAUACGAUGUACAAGAAGCCUGGACAACCCAUGCAUCCCAGCCAAUUGGUGCAGGUCUCCAAUGCACGAAUCCCCUUUGCAGAUAACAAUAACCCGCCGGGAUCCUCGAACUACGCUACGUCCCAAUCACACCUACAGCAGCAGCAACAACAACAACAUCAUCACAACGGGUACGACAACUACAACAACAACAACAAAUUCAAAACCCCUGCCCGCCCCGCCCCCGGCUUCCCCAAAUCCGCCGGCACGACCAAACCCCAAACCCCCUCCUACCUCCAAGGCGACGCCAUCGAGCUCCCGGACAUCGCCACCGACUCCGAGGAUGAAGAAAGCGACGACGAGCGGGGCGGCGGACCCGGCGGCGGCUUCCGCGCGCCCUCCUGGGUGGCCAGCCCCGCGCUCCGCGACCUCCUCACCCAGCAACAGCUCGUCGACCCGGAGAGCGUCUUCGGCCCGAUCGGCGAGCUCAAGAUGGACGAGGUGUUCAAGAACGGCAAGAACGCGGACCGCCUGAAGCGCUUCCGCGACCGCGGCAGCAGCGCCAUGUGGGUCGAGAGCGGCGACGCCGUCACCAGCGCCGAGAAGAAACGCGACAUGGAGCUGCGGGAGCGCGUCGCGCGGGAUGGCGGGUGGAGGUACGAGCCCGGUGCGUUGUAGAAGAUGCUGCUUUCUCCGUUUGUUUGUUUGUGUUUUUUCUCCCUCCUCCUUCUUCUUCUUCCGCUCCUUGAUGAAGGAUUUUGGGAAAGAGGGGCCUUUCGAGGGAGGAAAACACAUCGGUGGAGGGCGAUCGAGGGGAUUUCUGCGGGAUGGAUUUUAUUGCUGGGUUUCUGCAUCGUGUUGGGGGCGGGCGGGCGUUCCUCUGGGAUUUUUUGCCAUCGUUUGGAUUCUUCCACCGCGCGCACUCGUCUGUCUGGAUUUUUCCGCCGUCGUAUCUCUCCGUGUCUCCCCCGCGCACUCGUUUAUAUCUCUUUCGCCCCUUUUUCCAGGAACCGGGACAUUUACAUACAUACAUACGCCUGUCUGUCUGUCUGUCUGUGGACAGCGCGUGGGAUUCGGAGGAGAGAAACGGCAUCAUGAUGAGUACUCGUCGGGGGGG